CCUGACAAGUUAUCCAUCAUUACUUUUUUUGUUUGUUCAAUGUAGUAUUAACUCUUCAUAACCUGCCAAUGGCCCUUAACUUUUCCUUUCAUGGAGGAGUGAAGAUGAAGAAGAACAAGAGCAGUACGAGGAACGAAGAAAAGCUAAGAAAUGAAGUAAGGCGAAAAGAGGAAAGAGGAAAAACAUAAUGAAAAUGUAGAUGCAGAGAAUAGUAUUUUGUCCCGUGUAUAUCUAGGACACUGUCUAUUCUGUAUGUUUUUUUGUCUGCCGUUACAAACCUUGAAGAAAUCCCAAGUCACUUGUGACAUCGAGAUCAAGUGGUUUGUGUCAUUCAGUAACUAGCCCCAUAAAACACCCACGAAGAAGAAGGACCACAGUGACCUCAAGACCCACCUCCGACAGUCCUCCAACAGCCACUGGACCACCAGACUAACGAUAGACCUCAGACAGCUCACCCUCGGCCACUACAGACACUCCCCCGCCCGGCACUGGCGCCCCUUCUCCCCCAGUCGCCCCCUGGACACAGCCAUCACCCGUCUAAGGAUUGGACACACCCGCCUCAACGCCCACCUGCACAGACUGAACAUAGUCCGAGACCCACACUGCCCAUGGUGCCCCACACAACCUGACAUACCAGAACACCUCCUCCUCCACUGCCCAAGAUUCCACUCCCUCCGCACCACCCUCAAAGCAUCCUUAACCAGUCUCCGUAUUCACAGGCCAACCCUAGAGGACCUGCUGGGCAGCGACCCCCUCAGCCCCAACACUGCCUUCCACGCCCUCAAGUGCACGCAAACCUUCCUGCAGAAGUCGGGGCAACUCGACAGGAUCUAACUCCCGCCCUGGUGACAGGACGGCCAACACAAUCAACGACUCCUGAUAACAACUACCACUGACGGGGCUCUAGAGGCUGUGGGCCCACAGCCUAACUAGCCCCAUAAAACACCCACGAAGAAGAAGAAGAAGAAGGUAUCAGGUUCUCUAAUAAUAAAGGGGACACUGUACGAUGUUGCACGUGUGGAAGGCUGCACGCUGUCCCCCGCUCACCACACCUCACUUGGUGACCGCGAGGCCUGAGUCACUUAAAGCAGCACCACAAAUCGAGCGGAAUGGCGGUGUUCUCAAGUCGGUUCGGGAAAUACCAGGGCCUCCCACCUUCCCCCUCCUUGGAUGUCUCCCGAGUCUGGUCGCUUCAGGAAUGUCCUUCUCUCCAAAUAAGAUACACAAGCUAUUAGAGGGGUUGAUACAGAAACACGGUCCCAUGGUGAGGCUAGAGACUCCGCAGUUUCCUCCCGCUGUCUUGGUGAUCAAUCCAGACCACAUAGAAGCCAUGAUAAGGGCAACCAUGGACAACCCAGUACGAUACGGCUUCCUCUCACUCAAAAAAAUCAGAUUGGAAAUGGAAGACGAUUACUUCGAGGGAAAAACGGGUGUUCUAUCUGAGAAUGGUGAGGAGUGGUGGCGUGUGCGAAGUAGAGUUCAGACACCCAUGCUAAAGUCCAAGAAUGUGGUGUCCUAUCUGUCACAGGUCGACCAGAUAACACUUGAUUUCAUUGAAAGGAUGGCUUUCUUUCAGGCGAAGCACGGCGAGAUGCCCCGAGACUUUCAGACAGAACUGUACAAGUGGGCUCUGGAGUCCGUGGGUGUUGUGGCCCUUAACCGGCGCCUUGGCUGCCUGACACCUGACUUGCCCGAAGACUCCGAGCCCAUGAGACUCAUUAGGCUGGUGAGCGACCUCUUCCACAACUUGAACCUGACGGAGUUUGGAGUACACACAUGGCGGAUUUUUCCAACCCGCCCCUACAGAACAGUCAGGGAGAAGCACACCGCAUUUUUAAGGCUGGUGGACAGCAACAUCCGAGAAACUGAGGCCUUGCUAUUGGCCCAGGGUCAUGAGGACAGGGAAGCCACUUUGAUGGAGAGUCUUCUCAUGACACCCGGUCUCUCCCGCAAGGAUGUUAUUACCCUAAUUCUUGACAUGAUCUUCGCUGGAAUAGACACAACUUCCCACACCAUUGGCUUUACAUUGUAUUUGUUGGCACGGCACCCAGCAGUGCAGACUAAGUUGCAGGAAGAGGUGGACACAGUACUGAGUGGCCAUAAGGGGCCACUGACAGCACAACACCUGGCCAAGCUCUCCUUCCUGAAGGCAGUCAUCAAGGAGUCCUUCAGAAUAUUUCCUCUAGUCAUAGGAACAAGUCGAACUUUAGACAAGGAUUUGAUCCUGGACAAUUAUGUGAUUCCCAAAAACUGGUCUGUAUUUGGCAUGAACAUGUUGACGGGAUGGGAGGAAACUUACUUCCCCAGAGCCAAGGAGUUCCUGCCUGAACGUUGGCUUAGACACAAGCCUCUUGGUCCCAUCCAUCCCUUCGCUUCCCUUCCCUUUGGAGCUGGAGUCAGAAUGUGCAUUGGCAGGCGACUUGCUGAACAGGAAAUGUAUAUCUUCCUCACAAGGGUGAUGCAACAGUUUACUGUUGACUACAAGUAUGAAGACAUUGACAUUAACACCAGCUUGGUGUGUACCCCAUCUCAGCCACUCAGAUUCAAUCUCACUGAGCGCUCCUGAUUGGCAGCAGCGUGCUUGGGUCAUUGUUGAAGGCCUAGGAGUGGCCAACAUAAUGCAAGUAACAAUGUUAUGUUCCUCCACAUUGGCAGGUGCUAGCACUUGGCCACAGAUCUGAACAUUCUCCAGAGAUUUGGAUUGAUUCUGGCACUUCAAAACAUCCAAAGUACAUCCCUGUCCAUUCAAUCAAUCAGGCCCCAUCAGUGAUUGACAUUCUAAUGGCAUUCCAUGCAGUCACUGGUUGUGAUACAACCAGCCAAUUCUCAGGUAAAGGAAAACAUACCUGCUGGAAAGUAUUUUUAAAGGAACCAGACUUGCUACAGGCGAUUUACGUUUCUGCAGAAUUUAGUGAAGAUGCACGAAAGGGUGCAGAAAAGUAUGUUUGCCACCUGUUCAACUACGGAAAUUGUGGGUCCCUGAAUGAAGUUAGGCUGAAGAUGUUUGUGAAGGGGAAGUCCUCCAUAGAAGCCUUACCACCUCCUGAGGACGCUCUUUCUUUUCAUCUAAUGCGCAGUAACUACCAAGCUUUCAUCUGGAGGACCGCCCUUACGAAUGACACGGAUCUACCCUCUCCAGAUGGGAAUGGAUGGACCAUUAAAACUGGGAAACUUACGCCUGUGCAACCAGUGCCAAACUCGUGUGCAUGGCUUCGGUAAGUUGCUCUUUUAAGAAGGGGUGCAGCCCCACUAGAUGUGGCUGUCUAAAGGCUGGCUUUCUCGCUUGUACAAGCGCUUGCAACUGUGAGGGGUUGUGUCAAAUGGAUAAAGAUGAUCAAUGAACUUAAUUUUAAGCAUGGUGACAACAGCAAUUAGUGUGUUCUCAAACUGUUGGAACUGUCGUAAAGGUCCCCCCCGUCCCCGUUCUCACCCCUUCCCCCAUUGCUAUGUGACAUAUUUUUAUAACACAAUGUCGAUUGUAAUUAAGCUUCUAAUGUCAUGGAGUUACUUAUUGAAUUUACAACAGAAUUUUAUAGUAUUAGAACAGUAAACCGUCUUUUGUCAUUACAUAUCUUGUUUCCCGAAAUUAGGGCCUAAUACAAGUCGCCAUAAUGUCGCCCCUUCUUAUCACAGAUGCCUGAAAUUUGGUAAAAAAAAUUGCUAAAACAUGCCUUCUACACAAUGAAUACACUAGAUAUACCAUUUCUGUAAACGGUGGCAUUUUUUUAUGGAAAAAAGUUGUGAAAGGUCAUUUUUUGGGAGGUACGCGGUCAGAGUAUGGUCCGACCCCUGUCUCCAUGUGGUAAAUACAAUUUUGUAACUUUUCAUGAAUAAACGUGUUAGAGUAUAUUAAACACUUCAUUUUCA